CACUGACUGACAAAAGUGACAAACAGUACACAAACCUACACAAACGGCGGGAAUAGGUUAUAUUUAUUUUAGUUGUUGAAAUCCUAUAAAAUAUUGAAAAUGUUUUAAAUAUUAGUUUAAUAAUAUCAAAGGUAGUAACAGAGCAAAUAAUUUUAGUGUCUGGAAUACUCAAUUCAGAAUGGAGCCGACAUUUCCCUUUCCAUUCACACCUUAUUCUAUACAAGAGAAGUUCAUGAAAGAACUUUAUACUACUAUUGAAAAUAACAAAGUGGGUAUUUUUGAAAGUCCCACUGGAACUGGUAAAUCUUUGAGUAUUUGUUGUGGAGCUCUUCAGUGGCUUAAGGACCAUAAUCAGAAGGAAUAUGAUGCCAUAGAAAAGGAAUUAGCUAGUCUCAAACUUGAAAUUUCCUCAACUUCAGCUACCGAUGAUUGGCUUCAAGAGGAAUAUGAAAAAAUAAAGAAAAACCAAAUGCUGGUUGCAUUACAGGGCCGAUUGGAUAAGAUUAAAAAACGACAAGAAAGUUUAAAUGAAAUGAAACAUAGAGUUUCCAAACAAAAAUCCAAAGCAAACAAUACUAUAGAUUUGUAUUUCCAAAGGGGUGAUAGCAAAAAGAAUAUGGAAGAAACUCAGGAUAAAGAGAAUGUUCUGGAAAAUGAAAAUGAGGAAGACAGAGAUCUUAUUUUAGAAGAUUUUGAUAAAGAAGGGCAAGACCAAGAAUCGGAUGGAGAGGAAGUUGUAGAAAAUGAUCAAGAUCAUGUUACUAAGGUGUACAUCAGCAGCAGGACACAUAGCCAACUUUCACAGUUUAUUGGGGAAGUGAAAAGAACAGUCUUCAAAGACAACAUUAGUGUUGUCACUUUGGCAUCUCGACAGCAUUACUGUAUAAACUCUGAUGUUACUAAGCUGAAGAAUGCUAACCUUAUUAAUGAGAGAUGCUUAGAUCUACAGAAAUCAAAAACGAAAUCAACAUCUGUUGGUGAAGAUGGGAAGGUCUUGAAGAAGUCUAAAACUAAAUCUUGCACUGCUUGUCCAUACUACAACCAAAAUAACAUCUCGCGCUUGAAAGAAAGAAUACUUGUAGAUAUAUUGGAUAUGGAAGACAUAGUGAAGUGUGCCAAAGAACUCAAGGCUUGUCCAUACUAUGCAUCUAGAAUGGCUUUAGAUGAUGCCCAGGUCGUGUUAAUAAGCCACGCGGGUAUAGUAAGUGCCGGCGCUCGUUCCGGCGUCUCCCUUAAGCUGGAGAACAAUGUACUAAUACUUGAUGAAGCUCACGGACUCACGUCCGCCUUGGAGAACGCUCACUCAGCCCCUGUGUCGGUUAAACAACUGUCUUCAGUGAAAACAUACCUACAAUUCUACAUCAACAAGUACCGAUCACGAUUGAGCAGCAAGAAUCUCUUAACGUUGAACCAGAUGAAUUUUGUUGUUGGAAAGCUUUUAGGCUUGGUAAAACAAAAAGCGCCAAAUGAAAAGAAAGAUGAGAGCACAAUUUUUACACUGGAAGACUUCGUUAUAAAGGCAGAGAUAGAUCACAUGAAUUUGAGACCUCUAGUGGACUUUUGUAGAGCGACCAGAUUAGCACCCAAGCUCCACGGUUUCUCCAUGAGAUACAACCAACAGGCUCUUGAAGAAGAAAUGAAGAAAACGACAGUGAAGAAGAGUUCUCUUGAGUCUUUUCUGAGUAAUAUAUCGAAGAAGGAAGUGGAUGUUGUUGAAGAGGUUAAGCCAGAAGUGAAGAAUAAUGUUCAAGUACCAACUGAAACAUCAGCAGGGAGUGGUCUGUACGCGGUGCUAGACUUUAUAGAGCGGCUAUGCGACCGCAGCGAGAAUGGGCGAGUAUUGGCGCAGAGAGACACGGGACUGUUGAAGUAUCUACUGCUGAACCCGGCGGAACAUUUCAACGAUGUCGUCACACAGUGUCGAUCUGUCAUAGUGGCAGGCGGUACAAUGGAACCUAUAUCGGAGUUCACAGGACUGCUCACAUCUAACGGAAGUGACGCUAAUAUGGUCAAUAUAGUGCGAUGCGACCAUGUCGUCCCGGCUGAUAAUGUACUUGGUAUCUGUCUGUCUAAAGGACCAUCUAAUAUAGCACUCAACUUCUCAUAUGAUCAUCGGAGUUCUAAUGAAUUGCUAAGCGAAGUUGGUCGUAUACUAAGGAAUGUAUGCAGUAUAGUACCGGGUGGUGUCGUAUGUUUCCUGCCGUCCUACUCGUACGAACAAACCGUAUAUGACCAUUUGGUGACAAAUAAAGUGAUAGAUGUCAUCACUAAGAAGAAAUCCGUGUUCCGAGAGCCGAAAUCGGCUUCUGAAGUAGAUCAGGUUUUACACAAAUACGCUGUAGCUGUUAAAAAAAAGGAUGGUGAUCAUAAUGGCGCCUUGUUACUGAGUGUAGUGGGCGGAAAACUGAGUGAAGGGUUAAAUUUCAGUGACGAUCUGGGCCGUUGUGUGAUAGUGGUGGGCAUGCCAUAUCCUAACGUGAAGUCUCCAGAACUGCAGGAAAAGAUGAAUUAUCUGAACAGAGCAGCGGGUCCCGGCUCUGGCAGCGUUUAUUAUGAAAACUUGUGUAUGAAAGCUGUUAAUCAAUGUAUCGGUAGAGCAGUAAGACACGCCAAUGACUACGCGUGUGUUUUGCUGGUAGACGAAAGAUAUUCAAGACCGCAGACUAUUGCAGCACUACCGUCUUUUGUUCAGAAAUCAUUGCAGGCUAACUGCAACUUCGGACCAACCGUUGGCCACAUAGCGAAGUUCUUCUCCAGAUUUAAAGACAAAAAGUGAUAUCAUCAAUUUAUUUAUCAAGUUUUUCACAUUGAUUUUUCUAACUACAUAAUAUAAUAAGGUAUAAUAAAUAUUUUUUCUUAAAACU